CACAAUUCCUCGCGGAAAAACAGCCUGUCAAAGUCUGGCAAAUCAGAAACCCGCUGUGGAAAGGAAAAUGGCGAAGAAGCUGUUCAAGUGGACAGAUGAACAGACAUACCAGUUCAUCCAUCUUAGAAUGGAGAAGGAAAAUCAGUUCACAGGACAUCGAAAUUCAUCUGCACACGGAUUUGAUGAAAUCAUUAAAACCAUGGGUUUGGACAACCAAUUGACUUGCCAACAGGCAAAAAAGAAGUGGGAGAAUUUGAAGAAAAAAUAUAAGGAUUUAUUACUUUCUGGGAAGGAAUCUGGGACAGACUCAGAAGAAGCCACUGCUGCAACAUGGCAGUUUUUUGCUGCUAUGCACAAAGCAGUUGGCCAGAGGCCUUCAGUAAUUCCUCUUAAUUUAAUUGCUUCAGCAGAGGGUGUUUCACUCCAAGGAAACAAUUCUGUAGUCCAGUGCCUAACUAAAGGGCAGGCUCCAGAAGGCAAUCAAGUAUAUUUGGCAGAAAUAGUCAGUGAUGCAAAAUCAUCCAUGGAAAAGGAAACCAAUGUUAACGCACACGUAGAAAUGGAUGUGCCCAUUAAACAGUGCUCAGCAGAGCAUUCAGAUCUUCUUUCUAGGAAAAAAUAUAGGCAAAACAUACAGAAAAGGAAAAGUGAUGGCGUUUUAGAAUUGCUGAAAACAAUGUUUGAACAACAAGAAAAAAGAUUCAGAGAAGCUGAAGAGAGGGAGGCGGCAAGACAAAAAAGAGUUGAAGAACAGAUGGAGAGAAUGUUAAACAUUUUGGAAAAGAUUGUGGAGAAAAUCUGAUUAUGGAGAAAUUGUGCUUAGAACUGAUGCCUCGUCUCACAGGUUGUAAAGUCUGAAUUGAAAUCCUGAACUGGUCACUGUCUGUGAAGCCUGCUUGUUUUCCCUGUGUCUUCAUUCAUUUUCUUUGGAAUACAGUACUCAGUUUUGCAUUAGAUUAAGCAUGUUUAAAAAUGGAUGGGUAAAAUAUGCACAUAUACAUUAAAUGAAAAUGACCAUUUUGCUAUUCA